UUGAAUGGAGAAUCAUAAGUGCAAGCUGUGUUUGAGGAGUUUCGUUAAUGGCAAAGCUCUGGGCGGGCACAUGAGAUCUCACGUGAUUGCACGGUGGUCGUCGUCGUCGUCGUCGUCGGAAGAAUACGAGACCGGCGCCGCCGGCGGUGGCAGCUCCGUGGUUGUUCAAGACGGGGAGAGUGAAACGGAGUUGUGUAGAGGAGAGCAGGUAAUAAGGCCAAAAACGCCGCGUUUCAGACGAUCCAAGAGGAUUAGGAAAUCUUCUAAAAUCCAUGUCGACGACAAGAGAGGAGAAGAAUCAUCGGAAAUAAUGAAGAUACGGAAAACGACGUCGUCAUCGCCGCCGCCGGCGAGUUCAAUCUCGGAGCACACGCACACUUCCCCGGAAGAAGACGUUGCGUAUUGCUUGAUUUUGCUGUCUAAAGACAAGUGGAUAAAAGGAGAAGAAGAAGAAGAAGAAGAAGAAGAAAAAGUGAAGAACAAAAAGGCAAGAGGGAAAUACAGAUGCGAGAGUUGCAGCAAAGUGUUCAGAUCUUACCAAGCCCUAGGAGGGCACAGAGCAAGUCACAAGAAGAUCAAACCCAACAAGAGAACCCAUGAAAAUGCAGGGGAGAUUGAUAAUAAUAAGGAGAAAAUCCAUGAAUGCCCUAUCUGUUACAGAGUAUUUUCAUCAGGGCAAGCCUUGGGUGGACACAAGAGAUCACAUUUCACUGCUUCAGCAAGAACAACAACAAUUGCAAGUUUUAGUCCUCUACACUGUUCUGCUUCUACCUCUAUCAAUGGGGGAAAUUUUAUAGAUCUUAAUCUUCCUGCCUCUCUUGAUGAUGAUGACACUAUCACCCAGAUUGAGCUCUCUGCACUUUCUGAUGCCUGUUUUCUCACACCCCAUUAAAGCAUUCAAUCAUUCAGAUCA